UUCUUCUCUGCUCUUCGUCACCAGGAACAGCGGAAACGCCUCGGAAGCUUCCCGCUUCCAGAUCUCCACCAAAACCCUAACCCACUGAACCUUCUAGAACCUCCUCCCUCCCGUCCCCCGCAUGGACGGCCUCGCGGCGCCGUCCCCGUCCCACUCCGGCGCCACCUCCGGCGGCGGGGCCUCCCACCGCAAGCGGAAGCUCCCGCCAUCGUCGCUCUCCGACGCCACCGCCGACGAGGACGACGACACCACUGCGCCGUCGUCCCCCUCAUCGGCCCCUUCCUCUCCUUCCCGCCCGUCAUCCCCGUCCUCCUCCCACUCUGACGACGACGACGACGACUCGCUGCACACGUUCACUGCCGCGCGCCUCGACGGCGCGCCGGGUGGGGGCUCCGCCUCCGGUCGGCCCCCGAAGCCGGAUUCCUCUUCCGCGUCUGCCGCAGCGGCAGCUGCUGCGGCGGCGGGACCGAAGCCAGAGCCCGGCUCUGCCGCCGCUGGCGACGGCAAGGAGGACUCCAAGGGGCUGUUCACUGAUAACCUCCAGACCAGCGGCGCGUACAGCGCCCGCGAGGAGGGCCUCAAGCGCGAGGAAGACUCGGGAAGGCUGAAGUUUCUCUGUUAUUCUAAUGACGGUGUUGAUGAACACAUGAUAUGGUUGGUAGGUUUGAAGAAUAUAUUCGCCCGGCAGCUUCCUAAUAUGCCCAAAGAAUAUAUUGUGCGCCUCGUCAUGGAUAGAACUCACAAGUCAAUGAUGGUUAUCAGGAACAAUAUUGUCGUGGGAGGCAUUACUUAUCGCCCUUAUGCAAGCCAGAGGUUUGGAGAAAUAGCAUUUUGUGCUAUUACAGCUGAUGAGCAAGUUAAAGGCUACGGGACACGAUUAAUGAAUCAUUUGAAGCAACAUGCCCGAGACGCUGAUGGGCUCACACAUUUCUUAACGUAUGCUGAUAACAAUGCUGUAGGCUAUUUUGUAAAGCAGGGUUUCACAAAGGAGAUCACAUUGGACAAAGAAAGAUGGCAAGGGUACAUUAAAGACUAUGACGGAGGAAUAUUGAUGGAGUGUAAAAUUGACCCAAAGCUGCCAUACAUUGAUCUAGCAACGAUGAUUCGGCGUCAAAGGCAGGCCAUUGAUGAGAAGAUAAGAGAGCUUUCUAACUGCCAUAUUGUUUAUUCAGGAAUUGAUUUUCAGAAGAAAGAAGCCGGUAUUCCAAGAAGACUGAUGAAACCAGAAGACAUCCCUGGUCUGAGGGAAGCUGGGUGGACACCUGAUCAGUGGGGCCAUUCUAAAUCACGUUCAGCAUUCUCCCCCGAUUAUAAUACUUACAGACAACAGCUUACUAAUCUUAUGCGGAUAUUGUUGAAGAGUAUGAAUGAACAUCCUGAUGCUUGGCCGUUCAAAGAUCCUGUGGAUUCACGUGAUGUUCCAGACUAUUAUGACAUUAUCAAAGAUCCUAUUGAUUUGAGGACAAUGUCAAGAAGAGUCGAGUCAGAACAGUAUUAUGUGACCUUAGAGAUGUUUGUUGCCGACAUGAAGAGAAUGUUCAACAACGCAAGAACCUACAACUCUCCUGAUACUAUCUACUACAAAUGUGCCACACGACUUGAGAAUUUCUUCUCGGGCAAAAUUGCGUCGCAGCUUGCACAAGCCUCAACCAAGAGCUAGACUGGUGCGGGCUGACUGGACACAUUUGCUUGUUGUAAAAUUAUUCUGUAUCUGUUAUAGUCGCUGUCUCCCUUGGGCCGUACAGUGCUAAACUCUUAGUUUAGCAUGUUCUCGUAAUUGUAACCCGUAGGAUUAAUCAUGAUUUUACAUAUAUUGGGGCUUAACCUCGGGGUUUACUGAUUGUAUUCAUACAAUAAUAGAGUGAGGUGAUGAGAUAAGUUCUUGAAGAAUCUCAUGUCAUCAUCAAUUUUUCA